AGCGACGCCACGGCUCAAAGACGGAGCGAACGCGAUCCGCCGGGGAUCGAUCCCGCCAUGUGGCUCUCGACGGUGAGGCGUGCGUGGCACUACAAGUACUGGCAAAGGCAGACGGCGGGAUAUUUAAGGACGUUUGAGAAGAACAACAAGUUGCCGAACAAUGAGAUGAUUGGCUAUGUGAUCAAUGAUAAGCAUCCCAAGUCCAUUCGCGUGGCCUGUGAUCGCUAUAUGUGGGUGAUGCGGUACAAGAAAGCCUUCCGCUUCACCAAAAAGGUUUGGGCUCACGACGAGCAUUCUGAGUGCAUGGUGGGUGAUGUUGUGCGGGUGCAACCUUUGGGCUACCGCUUAGGGCCCUGGAAGACCUAUGUCCUGUCACGCAUCUUGCAUCGUGAGCCCCGGGACGAGCUGGCACCGCGUGCAUCGGAGAAGAGAAAUCUCCUACAAAAGUCAGAGACAUCGAACACUGAAAUGCAGUGAGGAAAAAUGCAGAUGUCCUGUCAGUGCUUUCGUGCAUG